AUGGUUUAUGAAGCUAGUUUCCCUGAAGGGGAGCUGAAAGUGAAGUUGCCUGCACGAAAGUCAACAACCCUUUUAAAGGGAGAAGAACAAGGGAACAUUGGGUAUCAAGUGGUGCACACCAGGGAGCAUACCAGGGAGAAGAACACCAGGGUGCACACCAGGGAGAAGAACAAGGGAACAUUGGAUCCGACUAAAGGUAUCAGCAGACCGUAUUGGUAUCCGCAACCACAGAAACCGACAAUAAUCCCACCCACAAGCAGAGGAAGACAGCCGCUCCUCGGCACCGCCCCCCAACUCACCAAAUUCCUCUCCCAUUCUGGCGCCCAGGGGACAGUGCACCUCCUGCCGCAGCCUGAGAGCUAUCAGCCCGAUUGGCCACGCUCCUUCAAACCACUACUUUCCCCCGAAAAAGGGACGAGAGCCUCAGGUACCCAAACGAGCGCUCCCUUGCCCAGACACCCCGGCUCGCACACCCCGCCCUGUUCCCCGCGGCGCGGGAGGAGAGGCCGCCCCACACAGGAAGUGUGUCCUGCGCCGGGACCUUGCUCCCAGCCUGCCGGUACCUGCCCUCCGCCCCCAACAGGCGAGAAGCAGCCGCGUCCACAUGGCUUCAGGUGUUCACAUGGCAGUAAACGGGCCCCUGCCCUCCCGGGCGCCCCAGCGCGGCGCCCUCCCGCCCAGAGUCCGGCCCAGCCCCGCUGGCCUCGCCUCCAGCCCGCAGCCAAGAGGCGAGCGCGGCCGGUGCCCCCGGGGCUGCCAGGGGCCCCGAGGCAGGCGGCGCUGACUCCCGGACGCCGCCCGCUCACACUCGCCGCCUUUGCACCCAAGGCCUCGCGCGACGAGCAGGUCACUGAUUCCACUACCAUCUGUCAGCGUGGAUUGAUUGAGGAGACUGGCCCUGCUCGGCAGAUCAGUGACUUGCGCAAAGUGAGCCGGGGUGCCUUCAGAGCAGGCGGAUGUCCUUCCUCACUUGCCAGCUCUGAUGGGGCUACGGAGGUGCAAAGAGUUUAACUUAUCCCAAGUCACACAGCUUGGAAGAGGCUGAGCUGGUAUUUGAACCCAGGUCUUCAGAGGCUGCACUCUUAACCACCAGGCUUCCCAGCACUCAGCAAACACUGGAAAGACAGUCAGUGGGACCAAAAGUCUGCAGGCCAAUAGGGAAAGAAUGUAAGAGGAUGGCGUGGGCAGCACCAGCCUCUCCCACAGUCAUAUAUUAAGCACUGGACACUGGGCAGCUGGGGCAGGUGGGGGCCUCAGACUCUCAGACCCCACGCUGGGAAGACCACGGUCUGGCCAACAAGCAGCAGCUGCUGUGAAUCGACUGACACAUCGUCCCCACAGGUGAGCAGAGAGCCGACACCUGAGGAGAGGCCAAGAAACGGGAAGCCCGUGCAGCCCCGGGCGCACAGAUCACACCCACCUGCCCGGCACUCACUGCCCCUAGUGGCUGGACUCUCACUGGGCCGGUCACGGAGCUGGGGCCAGCCUGGUCUCACCAGUGUGUGUCUUUAAAUCAUCCAAUUCCUUCAGCUGUAAACUGGGCUGGGAGGGGCCAAGUGAGCUGCCUGCCUCAGGGGGGGGUCCUCGCCCUUACCUGAGGGAUCGCAUUCACUCCUCACAACAAACCCAUGAGGCAGGGAUUGUCCUGUUCAUUGUACAGAGCAGGAAAUGGGUGCACACAGAGGUUAAGAGACUUGCCCAGGUCACACAGCUAGGAAGAGGCUACGACUUGAACUGACUUCUCUCCAAAGCCCCUACAGAGUUACUCGGGACUACAAAGAGUUAACCUGAAUAUGAAAUGAUCUGACAGUCGCAGUGACAAAGGCAUGCUCUAAGCGCUUUUCCUGCAGUAACUUGCUUAAUCCUUGCAACAACCCUAUAAAGUGGGUACUGUUCUUGCCUCAUUUUGCAGAUGAGGAAACUGAGGCACAGAGCAGCUUGGAGGGGGCAGAGCUGAAUCUGACGGGCUGCAGGGCCCCUGCGUCGCUUUGUCACAAGAUGACAAUAAGGAAGUUCCUUUCCUUUGGGAUUAUUUCUGCCUGAAAGCUCAAGACUUUUAGCCAUAUCAUUGUCUGGGCUCCACGGGAAGGCAGUGCCACAUGCUGAGGCAUGCUGGGAAAAGACUUUGUUCCAUCCUGUUUUGUUGACAUGCUCUUCAUUUUUAAGCCUGAAACCCAAGCUUCCUGCUAAGAAUUCAAACCAUGGAGAAAAACGCAGCCAUGAUAACGGCCACUACUUCCUGAGCCUCCAGUGUUCCCCGUGCUUGGGGAUCCACAUAUGUCACUUAACCUUAGCCUUCAUGGCACCAGGGCAGCCUCCAUUUUCACCACUGAAGACAUGAAAGCCCAGAGUCACUUAGAAGAUGCCUGAAGGUGCACAGCUGCUAAGCGAUGGUGCUGGGAUUUGUCCUCAGGUCCUCGAGAGUCCUGACUCUUAUCUGCUGGCUCCCCACAGAGGCACGAAGUCUUGUUUGCUGGGCAUUUGACAGAAAUGUUUCUGCUCAUCUUCUGCCACAGAUUGGUCCUUCAGCAUCAAGAUUCCUGGACCACUUAUUAAUAGAAGGCACCAGGACACAGGUGCAGGGAUGCAGAGCUGGAUGCUGCCUUCUCAACAGGAAAAGCCAAGAAACGCAGAUGCCAAUGCUCAGUCAACUCCGUCUCUCCCUCUAGUGACUCGGGAAUAGCUGCCCUGCCACCAAGGCGAUUGUCUUCUGGAAGCAGCCACGCCGUGUGAGGUUCCUCAUCACUGCCCUGCAUCUCCCUGCAAGCUCUCGGGGAUAACUGCCAAAUCAACAUUUGAUUCCAGGGGAGCAGAAAGCAGCAGGAGCCGUGGAUUCUCCAACUCUUAACUGGUCCUCUUAACUGGAGCCACUUUGCCCUGCCCACCCAUCCCAGUGGCAGAUUCAUUACAGUUAUCCAAAGCCAGUUUUGACUUUGCUCCCCCGGCUCAGAAGUCUGUCAGUGGGUCGAGUGGCUUCAUCAUUCAAGUUUAUUCCUAUCAGCCUGGAAUACAAAGCCCUAUCUGGCUCGGCUUGCUUCUCCAGACCUCUCCCAGGUCUCAUUCUGCCUCUCCGCCUAACUAGACAAGCUGGCUUCCUGUCCUGUGCCUUUCUGCUCCCUGCAGCAGGAAUGCCCUUCCCUCCUCCCUACAGAUUGAAAUUAUACCCUCUUUCAAGUCUUACUCAAAUGCCACCUCCUCCACACUCUUACCUUAACACUUAUUCAUUCAACAAACAUUGAUAGCCCUUAUGGCAAGCAUUGAUCCCAAGGGUCCCUGUGGUCAUGAAGCUUAUGGUGCCAUGCAGCGGUUAGAAAAAGAAUCAUCACAUAAUCAUCUGAUAACAGCCAUGAUACAAAUUAGUAAGAAAGUGUGACAGGAGCACAGCAGGUGUACAACAGGGACCCUGAGCCUUGGGGAUCUAGGACAUUUGAGCUGAGACCUGAAAGACAAAUAGGAAGUAACCACAUGGUGAAGUUGGAGGAGAGCUCCAGGCAGAGGGCAUGGCAUGGGCAAAGGCCCUGUGGUAGGAGGGAGCAGGUAGACUUCCAGGAAGGGCACCAGGGCCUGCAGGGUAAUUUAAGUGAAAUGAGAAAGCUGGAGAUGUAGCUGGAGCAGGACAGUACAGGCCACAGGGCUUUGCGACUUUAUCCCUGGGCAAAAAGAGGAGAUGAUGAAGGAUUCUGAGCAGAGGACACAAGCCAGUAUGCAUUUAGACGCGAUCCUGCCUUGUGGCUGAGCCUCUUCUGAGAAGUGCAGGCCCUGUGUCAUGUCACCCUGAACCUCAGUCAUCAGGGUUUUGAAUGCGAGUUUCCAUAUCCCUCCUCCUAGACCAAGCUCUCAAAGGCAAGGCUGACCUCUGGUCUUCAGCUUCAUCCCCAUCAGCCAGGCCAGUGCCCAGCACAAGGAGCUGCUCCAAAAACAUACGUGGGAUAAACCAGUGACCAGGCAAUAUGCUUAUCAGCAUUUCCCUGUGAAGGAGCAAGGCUGCCUGUGAAGCCUUCCACAUUCUCUAGAAAUUACAAAGUUCAAGGGUUUUAGCGAGGCCACAACUCAGGGAGCCCUUGAGAGCCAAGCUGGCAUCCCACUGCUGCGCACACCCAGCCUGGGCACACAGUAUGACCCUGCCCAGGCAUCUGCCCAUAGCCGUCAGGUGAAUGACCAGAAACAGAACCAAAAGCUUUGUAAGGUGCUCUCGAGGUUACAAAGCAUGUUUCACAGGAGCAGUCUCAUCUGACAUAGGCAGCCCUCUGAGCUGGGUAGCUACUGCUUUACAGAUGAGGAAACUGAGGCCCAGGAGAGGGCGGGUCCUCAGCAAAUCAAAACAAAACUCAGACUAGGACCUAACAAAAGUCCAGGCUAUGAAUGGCCCCCAUAGGGUUAACAGAGCUUUCUAGACAUUUCUUUGAAAACUACUGUAAAGUGACAUAUUUCCUCAGGAUGUCUGUCACGCCAGCAGUGGGAGCCAACACACCAAUUCUCAGAGGCUGUUCCCCCUGUGCGGCAGAUCCAGACGCUCAGCUCCCAGGCCCCGAGGCUGGCGGCUUAGCCCAGGGCACAGGAGGAGGCUCCCUGGGCUUGGCGCUGACUUAUAGCAGGUGCUGAGGGAAUGCUCAGGAGAGGCAAGGCUGAUUCAAGAGGAUGACAACAGAGAACGUUCCUAGAGCUCGCCCACCAGCUGGGCAUGGUGCUAAGUGCAUUACCUGCGUUCACCCACACCAUCCUCACAACACUGUGAGUACAGUGACCAUCCCCAUGUACAGGCAUGGACACUGAGGCUCAGAGCAAUAAAGAAUUAGCCUGAGAUC